AUGCCGAAGAAUAAGGGAAAGGGAGGAAAGAAUCGUAGAAGAGGAAAGAACGAGAAUGACUUCAUGAAGCGUGAGCUCGACCUGAAGGAGGAAGGACAAGAGUACGGACAAGUGUCCAAAAUGCUCGGAAACGGUCGUGUCCAAGUGUUCUGUUUCGACGGAAAGCAACGAGUGUGUCACAUUCGUGGAAAGCUUCGGAAGAAGGUCUGGAUCAAUGUGGGUGACAUUAUAUUGGUCGGUCUUCGUGACUAUCAAGACGACAAGGGAGACGUCAUCCUGAAGUACACUCCAGAUGAGGCACGUCGUCUGAAGAACGAAGGAUUGAUUCCAGAGAAUGCCAAGUUGAAUGAGAAUGAUGAGCAGGAUGAGGGUGAAGUGGAGUUCUUGGAUCACGUCGGAGAGGACGCUGAAUCUGGAGACGAGGCCGCUUCUGACAAAUCAUCGUCGGACAGCGAUUCAGACAAAUCUGACGAGGAAUCGGAAAAGGAAGAAGAGUCGGAGGAGGAGUCAGAAGAGGAAUCUGAUGAGGAUUCUGACGAUUCUGACAAUGUUCGGGAAGAGGAUUUGGCUGCUGGACGUGGAUUCAAGGAGGACACCCGUCGUGGAGGAAACCGAGGUGGAAAGAACAAGUACGGAAAGAGACGCUAG